AUGGGCACACUGCAAGCUCGAGACCAGCCUUCGGCCGUCGCCCAUGUCAUCGCCGAGCCGAGCGAGAAGCGCCAAGGACGCCGGCCGGCGUGCGUAGAGUGCCGGCGGCGGAAAAUAAAAUGCGACCGUCAGUACCCGUGCGUGUCCUGCAUAGCACUUGACCACGAAUGCCGCCAGCCGCCGCCCGGGCCGGCUCGCCGGCCGAGGCGGCGCAAUCACCACGAGCUCUACGACAAGAUCGCUCGGGUCGAGUCGCUUCUUGCGCAGUGUGCUAUACCGCUCGAGCACAAGGAAAGCCGAAGUCAGCUCUCUGACCUUCCCUCCUACAUGCUUCACUCUGGCGAGCCGGACAGUUUUCAACAACCUGCUGCGCUCGCCCAACCCCAGAGGCAGCAGCCCAAAGGCACGCUUGUCCACGUUUGGAACGGCGGUCUGGAAUUCCGUGACAGCAAGGCAAUGGCUGUUGUAUUCGAUGACUUACAGACAAUCCGUGCUCUCAUAGAUGUCGAACUCGAGCAGGAAGCAUGGCUUCCGCUCGUCGAGGCUCCUGGUCAACGACAACAAAGCUGCGAUACAAGCAUCCCUUUUACGGAUCAACUGUCUGCCUGUGUUCCACCAGCCCAUGCGAUCGACGUCCUCUGGCGCGUGUUUCUCGACCGCGUGAAUCCAGUGACAAAAGUCAUCCACGUGCCCACGUUUCGCAUGCGCGUCAUUGAAGCCAUCAAUGACUUCACCAGUGUGCCUUUGGCGACGGCAGCUCUCCUAUUCUCCGUCUUCCUGACGGCCUCCGGUUCCUUGUCACGACAGGAACACUGGGAUGAGCUCGGUCGAAGUCAGGCCGACACCAUCGCCGACUUCACACUAGGACUCAAGCUGGCUCUCACCGAACUAAAUUACCUGAAGAACCACAACCCGGAAGUACUGUGCAGCCUGGCUUUGUAUUCGUUGUUCCAGCAGACGCGAAAUGGCUCGUCUGACCCAUGGAUCUUGAAUGGGGUCGUUGUGAACAUUGCCUACCGGCUCGGUCUACACCUUGAUGGAUCGCACGCAAACCUUUCAGCUUUCCAGUGUGAGAUGCGGCGCCGUCUUUGGUGGCAAAUCGUAAUCUUGGAGACAAGGUCCGGCGGGGCGUUCGGGACCGGCUCGCAUCUGCUACCCUCUCACCGGGACACUCGUAUCCCCCUCAACGUUAAUGACGAAGACCUGAGUCCUACCAUGCCAACAGAGCCCUGUCCUCACGAUGGUCCCACCGAGAUGUCGUUCUGCAUAGUAACAUACGAGCUUAGGAAACAAGCCUUGGCUCAACCUCGCCUGUGGUCGAUUGAUGAUAUACUAUGGCGCCAACUGCCAUCGCCGGCAAACCCCUACAGCAGUCCCUCGGCGGAAAUGCUAGGGGUGAUGACGGCUCUCCAAUGGUUUUCCAAGGACAUCGACGGGGUACUCCAUCCGCUAGAAAACAACCUCUGCCCCGACCCUGCUUCCAACCCGCUGCACGCCAUGGCGCAAUGUAACCGCGAGGCGCUGUCUCGGAUUAUCCAGCUCCUCGUCACGCCGAUGGAAGAGUCGCCCGAGUGGGGAACUGAGGUGCUGGGCCCAGACGACAACUUCUUCCGCAUAAGUCUCGCUGCGAACGAGGAGGCGCUCCGGGCGAGGAAAGCGGCCGGUCGACGCUUCGCCUGGUACGCGGACAUCGACUUCAAGAUGCAGGGUUUCUACUACCUCGGGGCCCAGCUCCAGAGCCGCCCCGCGGGCUCCAUGGCCCACAGGGUCUGGUCGGUGAUGGAGGAUACGUACGCGCUCCACGAGGAGCUCUGGGAACUGAGGGAUAAAGAGAACAUGACGCUGUGUAAUCUUCUACUUUCUGCCUGGGAUAGGCGCUCCGUUCAUCUCGCGACAAGUCACGAGGUGCUGCCGGAGCCGCCUUUUCUGAGCAGACUGCGGGAACAAGUCAUGGUGAUGAAAGCUGAAGCACUGGGUAUCCUCUAA